AUGUCAACGUCAAAUCAAAUAUUGCCUACGCACUUCAAACCUCUGCACUAUUCGCUUAAAGUGAAUUGCUUGAAAAUCCAGGAAGGGGUUUUUAGCGGGGAGUGCUCAAUAGAUUUCCUGGUGAAUAAAGCAUCUAACAAAGUAUGCUUGAAUACUAGAGAUAUCACUGUUCUGCGAGCUGCGGCAAGACUCGGUAAUGGCCACUUAGUCAAUUUGACUCUGCAACACUAUGAUGACACGUCGGAGGUGCUCGUGCUAACUUUCGAGGAAGAGUUGAGCGAUGACUUCACGCUCGAAAUGCGAUAUGAGGGUGCCAUACAAACGAACAUGACAGGAUUCUAUCGGUCCCAGUACCCAGAUCUGUCAACGGGUGUGAUCAAGUCCAUGUAUUCGACGCAAUUCCAGGCGACAGAUGCAAGAAGAGCAUAUCCUUGUUUAGAUGAACCGAUGUUGAAAGCCACCUUCGACAUCACUAUCGUCGCGUCUUCCGAUUUGACUGUACUCUCGAAUAUGCCGCUCAAACAGGCCAAAGUGCAACAGGAUGGUGCUCAAACAACUCACAUCUUUCACACUUCGCCCAAGAUGUCACCCUAUUUGUUGGCGUGGGCGAUCGGCGAAUUUGAAUAUAUUGAAACCCACACGGAAAAGUGCAUUUACCCCAGUAUCGAGGAUUCUUCCCCUUUACAAAAUCUCCCCAUCAGAGUAUACACGGCCCGUGGUAAGAGCCAGCAGGGACAGUUUGCAUUGGAUCUGGCGAGCAAGGUAAUUGACUAUUAUUCUGACUUGUUUGAAAUUCCAUACCCCAUUCCAAAACUCGAUUUACUGUGCGUAGAAUCGUACUCACAUAACGCGAUGGAGAAUUUCUCCUUGAUCACUUUUAGGCCAACCGCUUUGCUUCUGGAUGGUUUGGUCGAAAAUAACAGCUUGCAUGCUUUGCAAAAGAUUGCGUACGUUGUUUGUCAUGAGAUAGCCCAUCAAUGGUUUGGGAACCUGGUGACUAUGAAAUGGUGGGAUGAACUGUGGCUAAACGAAGGGUUCGCAACAUGGAUCGGGUACUACGCCGUGAAUUGGAUGUUUCCUGAGUGGGACGUGCCAUCGUUAGUAAUGUGGAAGUCUCACGAGGUGGCCAUGGAACUGGACUCUUUGAAGGAGUCGCAUGCUGUCAAGGUUGAGGUGAAGAAUGCCAAGGACAUUGAUCAAGUUUUUGAUACCAUUUCGUACUUAAAAGGCUGUUCAAUUCUGGAAAUGUUAGGUGGAUAUCUCGGGACAGAGAACUUCAUCAAAGGUGUUGCACUGUACUUGAAGCGCAACGCUUUCUCGAAUGCAACAAUGAAUGACCUUUUAGACAGCGUGGGUGAAGUAUGUAACAUUGACGUCCUUUCUCGUGUCCAAGAUUGGAUCAUAAACAUUGGCUACCCCAUACUAAAAGUAGAAUCCUUUGAAAGAAAGCCGGGCUGGUAUAAGUUGAGCCAAAAAAGAUACUUAUCAGGUUCUCAAACUGACUGCACUGGCCCUAAGUGGUGGGUUCCGCUUAUGCUGUUCGGAGAUGAAUCAAACUCAGAGUUGUACCUUUGGGAUCAGUCUAAUGAAUUUGAGUUGAGAGCUGACAGAUUGGUACAUCUGAACACUAAUGGCUACGGUUUUUAUCGCGUCGCAUAUGGGGACGAGAAACUGCUUGAUGACAUUUGUGAGAAUAUAGCACAUCUAUCUUCUCGAGGUAAAAUCGGUCUCAUAUCAGAUGUGGAAUCGACUGCGAAUGCUCAACAGUUUCUCCACGUAUUAUCUUGCUUUUUGAAGCAUCAAAAUCCGUAUGAUUAUUAUGUCUGGGCGGUGAUUUUUCAGGCCACCUCAAGAUUGCUCUCGCUGUUCGAUGAUUUAAAUGCACUUGAGUUUCAUGUGAAGGUCAUUAAUUUUAUCAAUUCAGCUAUUUCGAGGCAAAUUGAUGGUGCUUUGAGUUAUUUGCACGAUCCUGACUCAGUUUUAUUGAACUUCAAGGAUAGCCGUCGUCACUUAAAAGCAUUAUUUUACGAAGAAGUAUUGCUAGUCGCGGGGAAGAUUUCGGAGGCAAAAACGGUUGGUGAAUGUGAGGCGUUGUUCACUACUCAAUCUAUAUCUUCGGCAAAUCGGUUAGUUAUUUUGACCACGGUACUGUCCCAGGCUCAUACCUCCGAAAAAACCUUGAAUAUUGUGGUGAGCGAAUUGAAAACUGCAACGUUGGCUCAUAAAGAAUGCUUAUUGACGGCCUUGGGCAAUGUUCGAAACCCUGUGCUUUUUCCCAAGGUAUUCGAGCUUAUCUUCCAAAUUGAAACCAUGGACGUUCAAUUUUUAGCUGAGGCACUGGGCGCAAAUCCACUCAUUCGCAUGCCUUUAUGGGGUUUCAUCAAGAAAAACUAUGGGCGUAUUUAUCAUCGCAUUGGUUCCAAUCCAACUGUGAUUGAAAGAUUCGUUAGAUUUACCACUCAAAAUUUUGUAGGCCCUACUUUGAAAGCUGAGGUUCGGCAAUUUUUUGCUGAAAAGGAUGUGAGUUCCUUCGACCGGGCGUUGAACCAAGCCUUGGAAAAGAUUGACAGGAAUACUAUUUAUGUAGACAAUAAUACCUCCAAAGGGUAA